AAGUGUUUAGAGGUAUAAUUUCAACGAUUACCGCUGAUUCCUAGUGAUUGUUUGUGUGCUUGUUUACGAUUAUAAAAAUUUAAUAAAUAAAAGAAAAAAUCAUGAAUUGGGUUCUGCUUUUCGCUUUAAUCCUAUUUUUGGGCUUUGCCACGACUAGCUCUGAUUUAAACUAUAACUACUAUCGCUUGCCGGCGGCUCUGCGACCCCAGAAGUAUCACUUGAACAUCUUAACGCUACUGGACAACCCAGAGGAGUCUCGUUUCAAUGGAACUGUCAAAAUCUUAAUAGAGGUCUUGGAUAACACCAAGAAUAUAACUCUACACUCAAAGGAUUUAAUCAUCGAUGAAUCCCAGACAACCUUAACCCAUGUCAACAGUGGCGAGAAGAAGGAUAACUGUGUGUCCUCCACUGCGGUCAAUCCUGCCCAUGACUAUUAUAUCCUAAACACAUGUCAAGAACUAUUGCCUGGCAAUAUUUACGAACUGAAUCUGUACUUUUCCGCCGAUCUGAAGACUCAACUUGAGGGGUACUACCGCAGUUCUUACGAAGAUGCUGUGGCAAAUGAGACAAGGUGGAUCACCAUCACCCAAUUCGAACCAGCUUCAGCUCGUCUGGCCUUUCCCUGCUUCGAUGAACCCAACUACAAGGCUCCCUUCGUGGUCACUUUGGGACACCACAAAAAGUUCACUAGUCUCAGCAACAUGCCAGUGAAGGAGACAAAGCCACAUGAAUCCCUCACAGAUUACGUGUGGACUGAAUUCGAAGAGUCAGUGCCCAUGUCCACUUACCUGGUGGCCUAUUCCAUAAAUGAUUUCUCCCACAAACCCUCAACCCUACCCAAUGGAGUUCCCUUCCGCACUUGGGCCCGACCCAAUGCCAUCGAUCAGUGUGAUUACACCGCAGAGUUUGGACCCAAAGUCCUCCAAUAUUACGAAGAGUUGUUUGGGAUCAAGUUCCCACUCCCAAAGAUCGAUCAGUUCGCCGUGCCCGAUUUUGAAUACGGUGCCAUGGAGAACUGGGGUCUUGUGGUUUACUCGGAAACCACUCUCCUUGUCUCUGAGACUCACUCCUCACUGAAUAGCAAAAUGAAUGUUGCAGGUGCUGUGGCUCACGAGUUGGCCCAUCAGUGGUUCGGCAACUUAGUCACUAUGAAGUGGUGGACCGAUCUUUGGCUUAACGAGGGAUUCGCCACCUAUGUGGCCAGUCUUGGCGUAGCUCAAAUCCAUCCGGAAUUGGACUACUUAGAAAUGGACUUCUUUCAAAACCUGCACACCAUUUUUCAAAGGGAUGCCAUGGAAAGCAGUCAUCCCAUCUCGAGGCCCAUUCAAACGGUAAAGGAGAUUAACGAAAACUUUGAUGAUAUUUCAUAUGAGAAGGGAUCCUCGGUGAUACGGAUGAUGCACUUGUUCUUGGGAGAUGAGACCUUUCGGUCGGGUCUUAAGACCUACCUUCGGAGGUAUAAGUAUAAGAAUGCGGAGCAGGAUAACCUCUGGGAGUCGCUCACUCAGGCGGCACACGAGAAUGACGCUCUACCCAAGAACUACGAGGUCAAGACCAUCAUGGAUUCGUGGACACUGCAAACGGGCUACCCUGUGAUCAACGUGACCCGUGACUAUGCAUCGGGGACUGCGGAGCUCACCCAGGCGCGUUAUCUUCUCAACUCCGAUGUGUCCCGUUCCCAUCAUGAAGGAUGCUGGUGGGUGCCACUGAGCUACACCACGCAGGCGAAGCUGGACUUUAACAACACGUCGCCUGAGGACUGGUUAGAGUGCAGCAAGGAAGGCCGGAGUCAGCCCAAAACGAUCAACAACUUACCAGGAGCUGACCAGUGGGUGAUCUUCAACACGAAGUUGUCGGCGCCCUAUAAGGUCAACUACGAUUCCCAAAACUGGAAGCUUCUAAUUGAGACCCUGAACAGCGAGCACUUCGAAAGCAUCCACGUGGUCAACAGAGCUCAACUGAUUGAAGAUGUCUUCUCACUAGCCUGGACCGGGGAGCAGGACUACGAGACAGCACUGGGAGUGAUGGAGUACCUUCACCGGGAGCGGGAGCUGCUACCUUUGAGAGCAGCCUUUGAAAAGCUAACGACUCUUAGACGUCUUGUUCGAAGGACUCCAAACUUUGGUUAUUACAAGCGCUACAUAAACAAGCUGAUCGCCCCGCUCUACCAAGAACUCAAUGGAAUCAACGACACCUUCGGAUCCAUCCAAUCCCAGAAUGUUUUACUGCUAAAAACGGAGUUGGUAGACUUUGCUUGCAUGACCCAAGUCUCCGACUGUGUGUCCAGAUCCAAGGACUACUUUCGGGAAUGGAGAUCAGUGGCUAAUCCUGACGAGACUAACCCCGUGCCCAUUGAGGUUCGAGGAACCGUUUACUGCACCGCAAUUAAGCAUGGCAGCGACGAGGAUUGGGAGUUCCUGUGGACGCGGUACUUGAAAACGAAUGUGGCCGCCGAUAGGGAUACCAUUUUGCUUUCCUUGACCUGUACGCAGAAUGAAAGGCUUCUGCAGCGGCAGCUGGAUAUGAUCUUCGAUCCAAAGGGCGACAUUCGGAUGCAGGAUGCUGCGGCGACUUUCGAUUCGGUGGCCGCCAACGGAGAAGGAUGGCUGCUGGCCAAGAAGUACUUAGUGGAGAACCUGGAUCACAUUUACAAGUACUUCUAUCCUGUGACCGCUUCCUUAGCACAGCUUUUGCCAUCGCUCUCCGACAAGGUCAACACCAGGCAGGACUACAAUGAGUUCAAGGACUUUUUGGACAGCUCCUGGGAAUACCUGAAGGACAUUAAGCAGGCAGUCCAGCAGACUAAGGAGAAUAUGCUGAUCAGUGUGCAGUGGCAGGAGCGAAACUACCAACAGUUCUUCCGAGCCAUUCGACAGAAACUUAACGAGGUCGAUGAAAAAUAAAAUAUUCCAAAUAAAUUGA